AUGGAAUCAAACAAAAAAACGAAAACAGAUUUACAAAAAAUUGAAUUAAAAAAAUUAAAAUCAAUUCUACCAACAUUAAAACAAAAACCAACAUCAACACCCAUUGAAAUUGUACUAGAAACAAUUCGUUAUAUUCGUCAAUUAGAAGAUCAAAUAGUUGAUCGAUUCCAAAUGGAUGCAUCAUCUCUAUCAGUUCCUUUCACUACUCGAACAUCAUUAUCCGAUAUGUCAAUAGAUUCAUCAUUACUACAAGAUAUUUCCAAUACAGACUGA